CUAAUCACGCAUUAUGCAUACAACUUUUAUACGUGACCAAAACAACAAACUGAACAAUCAAAUUCGAAAGGAAUGGCCUGGAGUGAAGCAUAGCUGAAGGAAGCCCCAUGUUGAAUACAUUCAUCAGGAUAAUACCACAACCACUCAAGCAUCUCUCCUGGAUCAGUAACAGUUUUCCACAGAAAAAUUCUCCCAUCAUUCGAAGACUAACCCGACCUGUUACUAUGGCAACAUUUGAUGCAAAGGCGGUGGUGGAGCGAGGGCGGGCUGCGUUCAGAGCUGGGAAGACCAGAUCUUAUGAGGCGAGGAUGAAACAUCUUAAAGACUGCUAUCGCAUGAUACAAGAGCAUCGACAAGACUUUAUUGAUGCCAUUCACAAAGAUCUGAAAAAGCCUGCGUUUGAAUCGAAUGCAUAUGAGAUUAUGAUGGCAGAGAAGGACAUUGUUCAAUUUAUGAAUGAAUUAGAAGACUGGAUAAAACCCAUGAACGUGCCUACUGACAUCAUGACCGUGGGCAAGGUAGCCUACAACGUGUGGGAGCCUCUGGGACUGUCCCUCAUCAUAGGGGCAUGGAACUACCCCUUCCAGCUGGUCAUUGAGCCCCUGGUAGCUGCCAUGGUCGCUGGUAACACCGCCAUCAUCAAACCAUCCGAACUAGCCAUGGAGACAGCGUUACUGUAUGAAAAGCUUUUUCCUCAGUAUCUCGACAAUGACUGUUACCAGGUUGUGAAUGGUGAAGUUAAGGUGACAACUCAACUGUUAGAACAGAAGUUUGAUCACAUUCUCUACACCGGGAGUGGGGUGGUCGGGAGGAUCGUCAUGGGAGCAGCAGCUAAGCAUCUUACCCCAGUCACCCUGGAGCUUGGAGGAAAGAGUCCUUGUUACAUAGAUUCAGACUGUGACAUCGUUACAUCAGUACGACGGGUCACAUGGGGGCGCUUCAUGAACUGCGGUCAGACCUGUGUUGCUCCAGACUAUGUGAUCUGCCACUCCCGGGACAAUGAGAGGAUAGUGAAGGCCUUCCGGUCAGCGGUCAAGGAGCUGUACGGAGAGGAUCCCCAGCAGAACCCUGCCUAUGCUAGGAUAGUCAACCAGAGGCAUUUCAAGAGGAUAGCUGCCCUAAUGGACGGUCAGAAUGUAGUGAUUGGGGGUCAGACUGAUGAAUCUGAUCUCUACAUUGCUCCUACUGUCAUCUUGAAUGCUAGCGAAACUGCCAAGUGCAUGACGGAAGAGAUCUUCGGUCCAAUCCUACCUAUCUUCAAUUUAGACACAGUUGACCAAGCCAUUGACUUCAUAAAUGACAGGGAUAAACCAUUGGCCUUGUAUGCCUUCUCUAACAACCUGAAGACCGUACAAAGGUUUGCUGAUGAGACAUCAAGUGGAGCUUUCCUUGGAAAUGAUGUCAUUAUACAUGCUGCAAUUGACUCAAUGCCGUUUGGUGGAGUAGGCGGAUCAGGUCAAGGGUCAUACCACGGCAAGUUCUCAUUCGAAGUCUUCUCUCACAAGAAACCUGUGCUCAUUGACAAACACAUGUGGCUCACCGAAAAGGCACAAGGCAUGCGGUACCCUCCCUACACUCCUCGCAAGACCCAGAUAACCCAGUUCUUCUUGAAGAAGAGUCCAAAGAGAAAAGGAUUCUUUUAUACCUUCCUCAAGCUUACUCUCAUCGGAUUUCUUCUUGCUGUUGUCUGCAAGGAAAGAAGAAGAUUGGCAGUGGUCUUCAGGGCAUUCGGUGUUGAGAAGUAUCUUCCCAGUGCCUUGAAACAGUGAUGUCAUGAUGAGAUCAGAAGACGGACCAAACCAGAGACCAAAGACAACUAUCGAUUUAGACUCAAAUUCAUAAUAAUAAAAGUUCUGUUUUUUAAAUAAUAAAUAUAGCGCUUUUCAGGACCGCAGGCCCUCUCAAAGCGCUUUAUAGAUAUAUAUAUCAUAGUCUACAGUUAUUCAUUUGUAGCGCUUCUUUAGGGCAGAAUGAUAGUGUAGUGCAUGUACUAGUCACAUUGUCACCUAAAGUCUAGCUGUAAGUGCCAUAUAAAACAGAAAUUAUGUUUAACAAUUGAACAAAUCAUCUGUGUGUGCCAUAUUGUGUUUUUCAUGGGAUAGAUAUACCACAGGCUUCAAUAUUAUUUGACUGUUUCCAGUGCAAGAAUAAUCUGUACCAGUGUUAAAAGGGUUGUCAUGGAGCUAAUCAAGACUGGAAAAUGAUCAUUUUACUAAGUCAUUGUGUUGCACAAAGCAAUCCUUCUGUCAAUUGGUGCCUGUUGAUUUGUGCAAAAUUGCAUGUCUCUUUCAUAUACAGCUAUUCUUUAUGUGAUAGUGUUACUGUUGCAUUACUGUUUACCAAUGAAGUUUAAUUCUAGAGCAUGCAAUCAUUUGGGUACCUGUAUCUAGUAAACAUGAUGAUAAUUAAUUGUUUGUUUGUAUUACCUGACUGCCAAGAAAGCAUGUGUGUGAUUGUAAGCAAGCAACCAGGGGACUGAUGGCUUAAAGUC